AUGUAUGGGGGACAUGGGUCCUCUGGUUCCCACGUGCAUAUUAUUGACGGGAGCAUGUAUGGUGGACAUGGGUCCUCUGGUUCCCACGUGCAUGUUGUUGACGGUGACCAUGCUUACUGGAUUGCUGGCCACACCGGCCAUGAUGGACACUGGAUGGAUGGGCACUGGAGCACAAGCGGUGGACAAGAUGGGAUGUAUGUUCCCGGACAUGGUUACUGGAUUGUUGGCCACUCCGAACAUGGACAGUGGGUGGAGGGCCACUGGAGCAUGCAUGCCGGUGGUUCCCACGUGCAUAUUGUCGAUGGUGCCACUGGUUACUGGAUUGCUGGCCACAGCGCUGCUGAUGGACAAUGGGUGCCUGCCCACUGGAGCACGCAGCCUGGAGAGGCGGUAGCCUAUGUGGCCGGACAUGGUUAUUGGGUUGCUGGCCACACCGGUCAAGAUGGACAGUCGGUGGAUGGCCACUGGGUGAUGACCUCCACUGGUCAUAUGAUUUCCGGAGGUCAUGCGAUUUCCGACGAGGCUCCCGAGCACAUCAUCGAGAAGAACUACUACACUUACCACACCAAGACCCAUGUCAUCCACGAUCCGGUGAAGGUUCCGGGCCGUGUCAUCAGCAAGACUGUCAAGGUCCCCGCCGAGCCGUUGUACAACUGCUUUCAGGGCUACCACAGCUGGAUGAAGACUCUUUGGAAGGAGGACCAGCAGAAGUACUGCUGUUACAAGUACAAGCGCAGCUGUGUGACCAAGACGUUGACGCAGUACCACUACCACACCGUGGUGCACAACAAGGAGAUCCCGGUGCCCGUGCCCCAUGCGGUGCCGGUGCCCAUGGCGCCCCCCGCGCCCGAGGUGAUCAAGGUCCCGGUGAGGAUGCCGCCGCCGCCCCGGAAGGUGAUCAAGGUGCCAGUGCCUGUGAUGGUUCCAGGGCCUGAGCCAGAGGUGGAGACCAAGAUCAUCAAGUACCCGAAGCCGGUGCCGGUGCCGGUGACGAUUCACAGGGAGAAGGACAUCCCGACCCCGGUGAAGCAUACGAAGAUCGUGCACUUCGACGUGCCCGUGCCCAGCCCCCCCAAGGUGGUCUACCAUGAUGUGAAGGUGAACUCUUAUGCCUACGAGUGCGAGGACGGCCUGAGCGACUGGAAGGAUGCCUGGUCCCACUCAAAGCGGCUCUACUGCUGCUGGAAGACCAAAGUGGGAUGCCCUCACAGCCACACGGUGGUGCAUACCAAGUACAUCUACCACACCAAGGAGGUGCCCAGGAAGGUGAACUUGCCCCCCAAGAUCAUCUACAAGGAGGUCACGGAGGAGGAGCACCACAAAGAGGUGCAUCUGGAUUGCCAUUCCGGCUAUUCCAACUGGUACUACGGCUGGUCUUCGUUCAAGAAAGACUGGUGCUGCUCGCACGAGCAGCUGGGCUGCCCGGGCACCUGGAAGGGCUUCGCGCACGGCCACGCCCACGGCCACUGGGAGGCCCACGGCCACAUCGAGGCCCACGGCCACGGACACGUGGGCAUUGCCACGGGGAGGAUCUACGACUGCCAGGCGGGAUUCAACAACUGGCUGCACGGCUGGUCUGACUCCAAGAAGCACUGGUGCUGCCAGAAGGAGUCCAAGGGCUGCGUGCCUUACAACUCCUGCGACGACGACCUCGGCUCAUGGUCUUCCAAAAAGCAGGAGUGGUGCUGCGGCAACUUCCAGAAGGGCUGCCCCCACACCACUCUGUCGCCUUUGGGCUGCGACGCCCCCUGCACCCUCCACGGCGAGACCUCUGUGUGCAAGGCCCGCAUCCACUGGACCGCCAACAACGUGUUCCAGACACAUGGGAACCCUUGCGCUCUGGCCUACAGCAAGGUUCAGGUGGAGUGCGAUGUCUGCCGCGCCUGCUCCAUCGCGGCUGCGGGCUGCGAGGUGAGCGGCGGCGCCGGCAGCGAGCCCUACGACUGCAAUGCUGCGCUGAACAACUUCUUCCGCGCCUGGUCGCCUGAGAAGAAGAAGUGGUGCUGCGGCAACAAGUACAAGGGCUGCGAGGGAAACAGCCCACCCGGCGUGGACCCCGGUGCGGGCAUGAUGUGGAAGCACGUGCAGGUGAACGGCUACUGGACCUGGGUGGUGGCUGGUGCUGCCGGCGGCGGAGCUGCCGGCGGCGCAGCUGGCGGCGGUGUUGCCAGCCUGCCCUACGACUGCCACGUGGGCCUGGUGAAUUGGAAGAUCGGCUGGUCGGACCCGAAGAAGGGCUGGUGCUGCACCCACCAGAAGCUGGGCUGCCCCGGCAUGGGCGGCGGCGGCGGCGGGGGCGCUGUGACUACGCACUCCUACCACGUGCACUACAGCAGCGGCGGCGGCGGCGGCGGCGGCGGCGGCGCGGCGGGCGGAGGUUCCUGGCACUCGGGCGGAGGAUCCUGGCACUCGGGCGGCGGCUCGUGGUCCAGCAGCGGAGGGGUGACCCACCACUACCACGUGCACCAUGACGUGCAUGUGAUCCACCACAACCGCCGGCUGGGCGAUUUGGAUGGCCCAGGCUUCGAUUGUACUGCUGCAAAUGGAUCGGCAUGGCCCCAGGAGAAGAGGGACUUUUGCUGUAAGCAGGACCCAAGCCUUUGUGAGUGA